AUGCAAUUACUGUCAAGAGGAAUACUUUAUGAUAAUGACUCGGUAAAGUUUUUUAUACUAAGAUCUAAUGAUUAUAGAUUAUCGUCAGCUAUGUCAAAGUCAGCAUUGGUGAUACUUGCUCAAGGAGCGGAGGAAAUGGAGACUGUUAUAACAGUGGAUAUGUUGAGGAGAGGCGGUGUGUCAGUGACCCUUGCCGGUCUGGACGGGGAUUCCUCGGUGUUGUGCUCACGUCAAGUUACCCUCGUCCCUGAUAAGUCAUUGGCUGAUGCGCUGGCAGCUCAACCACAGUAUGAUGCUGUAAUUCUUCCCGGAGGUCUUGAAGGAUCUGAACGUCUCUCUAAAUCCAAUAUUGUGGGUAGUUUGUUGAAAGAACAUGAGAGCAGUGGGAAAAUUGUUGCAGCUAUAUGCGCUGCCCCAACCGCGUUCGUAGCGCAUGGUGUUGCCAUAGGUAAGAGAGUGACGUCUUACCCCACAACUAAGGACAAAAUAACUUCUGACUACACAUAUAUUGAAGGGGAGAGAGUAGUUGUUGAUGGCAAUAUUGUUACCAGCAGGGGUCCCGGAACAGCCUAUUGGUUUGGUUUAAAGCUGAUUGAAAUGCUCUGCGGUGAAGAAAAGUCGGCUCAAGUGGAAAAAGGAAUGAUCAUUGUAGGCUACUAA